AUGCUUUGUUCAAGAUUCCUAAAACCAGCGGCAAGUAUCCUAAGCAAGCAAUGCUUUUUGAAGUCACUUUCUACACAGUCUGCGGCUUACGAGUACUGUUUUGAUUUUUUGAUAAGAAUCAGUUUCGACAUGAUUGUGAUAGGUGGAGGAUCUGGAGGAAUCAGUUGCGCUCAACAAGCUAGUGCGAAUGGUGCUCGUGUUGCAUUGCUUGAUUUUGUGGACCCGAGUACUCAAGGGACAAAGUGGGGAUUGGGCGGUACUUGUGUGAAUGUGGGUUGCAUUCCGAAGAAGCUCUUCCACUUGGCUGCGAACUACUGUGACAACGAGCAGGACGCGGGGCAAGUCGGUUUUCCGGUAAGGGCUUUCUGGGUACCCGAUUGGAACAGGAUGGUGGAUAACAUAACGAAUUACAUCCGUUCUCUGAACUUCAAGUACAACGGGUCUCUGAUCGAUCAGGGAAUUGAGUACUUCAACGCGAAGGGCAGCUUUGUGGACGAGCACACAGUUCACGUAAAGGGUCCGGACGAAGAUCGGAAGUUGACGGCGAAUCAUAUCGUGAUCGCGACGGGCGGGCGUCCGUCGAUCCCUUCGAUCCCCGGAGCGAUGGAGCACUGCAUAACGAGCGACGAUUUGUUUCGUCUGGAGAAGGCGCCGGGACGAACGUUAGUGGUGGGCGCCUCCUACAUCGCCUUGGAAUGCGCGGGCUUUCUGAAUAGCUUCGGAUUCGACACGAGCGUGAUGGUCCGAAGCCGCGUUCUCCGGAAGUUCGAUCAUCAGAUGGGCGAUCUGGUUCAACAGCACAUGGAGCGACACGGAGUUCACUUCUUGGAGCGAUCGCUGCCGACAUCGAUCGAGAAGCUGGGGGACGGGAAGCUGCGAGUGCAGUGGCUGGUGAACAACGUGACGAAGAAGGAGGAUGUGUUCGACACGGUGAUGUUUGCGACUGGGCGUCGCGCCAACACGGCCUCUCUGAAUCUUUCGGCUGUGAAUCUAUUCGCCGAGCCGGGGUCCGGGAAAAUCGUGUGCUGCUCGGGCGAAACAACCCGCGUCCCAUCGAUCCACGUGAUCGGCGAUGCGAGGUACGGGAAUCCGGAGCUCACGCCGGUGGCGGUGAAGCAAGGCGUGCUGCUGGCGGAUCGGCUGUUUGGCGGGAAGACGAAGGAAAUGGAUUACUCGCUGAUCCCGACGACUGUCUUCACUCCGCUGGAGUACUCGAGCGUUGGAAUGACGGAGGAAGAAGCGCUGGAAGAGAUCGGCGGAGAUCGGAUCGACGUGUACCAUAUGCGAUACAACACUCUGGAGAUGAACUUCCUGGGCCGCGUGGACCGAACCGGGAUGCCGGAGGAGAACGAGUGCUACUCCAAAGUGAUUUGCUUGCACGAAAAGCCUCGUAAAGUGGUCGGAGUUCACAUCUUGGGACCGAAUAGCGGUGAGAUAAUUCAGGGCAUUGGCGUAGCGAUGAAGCUGGGAUUGACGAAAGACGACAUGGAGGAUUUCGUGUCGAUCCAUCCCACGCACGGAGAGGAAGUGUUCAAUCUAAACGUAACAAAGGAGCAAAAUCGAUUGGCCGCCAAGCGAUCUUGCUGA